GGUUUUCCCCCCCUUCCCGCCGGCCCGGCGCUCGCAGCCGCCCGUUAAAAGAGCAGGCAAGAUGGCCGAGCUGGGCAGCAAGGGGGUGACGGCCGGCAAGAUCGCCAGCAACGUCCAGAAGAAGCUCACCCGGGCGCAGGAGAAGGUCCUUCAGAAGCUUGGGAAAGCAGACGAAACAAAAGAUGAGCAGUUUGAACAGUGUGUGCAGAACUUCAACAAGCAGCUGUCUGAAGGCACGAGGCUGCAGAAGGAUCUUCGAACUUACUUGUCUUCUGUAAAAGCUAUGCAUGAAGCCUCCAAGAAGCUGACAGAGUGUUUGCAGGAAGUUUAUGAGCCGGACUGGCCUGGGAGAGAUGACACAAAUAAAAUAGCAGAGAACAAUGAUCUCCUCUGGACAGAUUUCCAUCAGAAACUGGUGGAUCAGGCUCUUCUGACCAUGGAUACAUACCUUGGCCAAUUCCCAGAUAUCAAAUCUCGCAUAGCAAAGCGAGGAAGGAAGCUUGUGGAUUAUGACAGUGCCAGACACCACUUUGAAGCCCUGCAAACUGCAAAGAAGAAGGAUGAAACCAAAAUUGCAAAGGCUCCCAUCCCCAAGCCUGUUUCGCUGCUUGAGAAAGCUGCGCCUCAGUGGUGUCAAGGGAAGCUACAAGCUCACCUCGUUGCGCAAACUAAUCUGCUCCGAAAUCAGGCUGAAGAAGAGUUAGUAAAGGCUCAGAAGGUGUUUGAAGAAAUGAACAUUGAUCUGCAGGAGGAGCUGCCUUCACUAUGGAAUAGUCGUGUUGGUUUCUACGUCAACACAUUCCAGAGUAUAGCAGGCCUAGAAGAAAACUUCCACAAAGAGAUGAGCAAGUUGAACCAAAACCUCCAUGAUGUCCUGCUGGGUCUAGACAAGCAGUACUCAGGCAAUGCCUUUCCCAUUAAAGCACAGCCCAGUGACAGCACCCCAGCGAAAGCAAAUAAAAGCCCCUCGCCUCCACCAGAUGGAUCUCCCAUCACCAGCCCUGAGACCAAGACUGUUAACCAUGAGCUGGAACCAUCCACUUUGGAAGCACCUGGGGCAAGCAUCCCAAAAUCACCAUCUCAGUUGAGGAAAGGGCCUCCGGUGCCUCCGCCUCCAAAAGUCACCCCUUCCAAGGAGAUCAAGCAGGAGAACAUCAUCAGUCUGUUUGAUGACAAUUUUGUCCCUGAGAUAAGUGUGACAACCCCCUCGCAGUUUGAUGCCCCUGGGCCCUUCCAGGAGGGAGCCAGCCUGUUGGAUCUGGAUUUUGAUCCCAUUAAACCAGAUGCCACUAUGGGGAAGACCCCUACACCUGCUUCUCAGUCUUUACCUUGGGAUUUAUGGGAGCCUACAGAAGCAGCCCAUGCAGGAGCUGAAGCAGCUGGAUCUGAAGCAGCAGCUGGAGCUGAAGCAUCUAAAACUGAAGGUGAUUCAGGAUCGAGCUCUCUGCCUGCUGUCGUUGUGGAGACUUUCCCUGCUACUGUCAAUGGCACCGUGGAAGGAGGCGCCUCCUCUGAAAGAGCUGACAUGCCACCAGGAUUUCUGUUCAAGGUCCAGGCUAUGCAUGAUUACACAGCUACCGACAGUGAUGAGUUGCAGCUGAAGGCCGGGGAUGUGGUGCUUGUGAUUCCAUUUGAGAACCCUGAGGAGCAGGAUGAAGGAUGGCUGAUGGGUGUGAAGGAGUCUGACUGGAUCCAGCAUAAGGAACUUGACCAAUGCCGAGGGGUUUUCCCAGAGAAUUUCACAGAGCGGGUGCAGUGAAAGCAUGAGCCUGCCAGCCACGUUUCUGCUGGAAGAAAGCAAGUUUUCUGGUAGAUAAUUGAAAAAGAGCAGUAAAAACAAAGAGAAUUUUAAAGGAACAGAAGCCUGAAAAAAUUGUCAACUUAAAGGGUGUGUGCUUUUCAAAGGGCAAGGUUUCAGAAGUAAAUUGCAAUUCAAAGCGUUAUCAAAAUAUGUAAAUACUACUACUACUAAGGCAGACCAAUUACGCUCUUCCUCCUUCGGUUUAACAGCGUUUGAAUUCAGAGGACUGACACAGAAGCAACUCAGUGUGGUUCUUUAAAUGCUGCAUUGACUGAAUUGGCGUGAUGUCAGUCCGACCCCUGGAAAGGCAGCGUUUGUCUGUUGGCUUGAGAGCUUUUGCUCUUGGGUGGGUUCACCUGUUUCGUCUUGAAGGUGGCUUGCAUGGCAACUAGAAAAAUUCAGCCUUCCCCACAAGAUCAACCUACAGUAGGCCAAACUUCCUGUGAUGCUGUUGAAAAAAACAUUUAGUGUAUCGUGUUCACCAAUACAAUGUAUGUGUGUGUAUUUUAUUUUCUUCCUCUAAGACAGUGUUAUGCAAACUAAUUUUAUAUGUGUAGAGAAAGGAGAAACUACGUGGUAAUGACAUGGAGGUGAAAUGUGUCAAGCUGUGCUCAGUCCAAAGUUCUUUCAACUGCAAGCAUCUAAAUUCUCACAGUAGUGUAUUGGCCUGUGAGAGCUAAAGGGAAUGGAGGAAUUGAAGAGGACAAACAAGACAAAAUGAGCAGAUGCCAUCUACCUGAUGGGAAUGAUGCCCUGCCCCCACAAGCCCUGUAGGCACUUUCAGAAGAGUUUAAAUUCGUGUAGAUGGAAGAUAGCUCUCAAAUCUGAAAGGAAAAUGUGUUUUUAAAGAAAAUUUAAAGAAAAAUAUUCUUCUGAAAAGAUGUCUUAAGAAAAAA